GUCAGACUCAAGACAACAAGUACCAUCCAUCCAUUCACACGCAAAGAGAAAGAGAAGCUCCAAGAAUCUGUCGGCUUUUUGAGAAUCCAAAGGGUCAGAAAAUAACAACAGUCGCCAAUGGCAGUCUCAGCAGCAUUCAACCCUUUGAAACUUGCAUCUUCGUCUUCUCUAGAUUCGAUUCCUUCAAUCUCUCCUUCUUCUUAUUCGUUGUUUCCAGCAAGAAUCGGCAUCAGAAACUCCGUCGGAUCUCCUUUCAAGAGAUGUCUAAAGCAGUCGUGUUCUUAUGUUCGAGCCAUGUCUUCUUCUUCUUCGGCUGCUUCUUCUUCUUCUUCUUCUUCUUUCGGAUCGAGAAUGGAGGAGAGCGUGAGGAAGACGGUUACUGAGAACAUUGUCGUUGUUUACUCCAAAACUUGGUGCUCAUACUGUACUGAAGUGAAGACAUUAUUCAAGAGACUUGGAGUUCAGCCAUUGGUGAUUGAAUUGGAUGAACUUGGUCCACAAGGGCCACAAUUGCAGAAGGUACUUGAAAGACUUACCGGCCAACACACUGUUCCUAAUGUUUUCGUUGGAGGAAAGCACAUUGGUGGCUGCACAGAUACAGUGAAGCUGAACAGGAAAGGAGAUCUUGAACUAAUGUUAGCUGAAGCCAACGCUAAACCCGAUUCAACUUGAAGAAAUGAUGGAAACUGGUAUGGAGAUUUUGCAUACGGAGCUUGGAAGAGUUUUAACUACUUUCUUUUUGUGUAAACUCAUUUUCUUUUGUCAAUGCAUUGAACACCAUUCAACUAAAUACAUUAUAUAACUAAAUAACACAUAUACACUAUCAUGUAUUAUACAUUACAAUAUAAAGAAUCAAGGACAGCUUCAAGCA